AUGUUUGAUCAAAAUCUGUAAAUAUAUCAAUGCUAGUCUUGUAGCAUGGUUUCAGAUGUUUAAAACUGUAAAAAUGGUUGCUCUAGUUCUUAAUACUACUCAAUGCAAUACGGAUAAUGCUAUGAGUAUUGUGUCGAUGGAAAAAUUGCAAAAACUUAUAGUCAAUGCGGAAGUUCACAACAUUUAUGUAUCGAUGGAUAUCAUUUUAGUUCAUAAAAUAAAUGCGAGAAAAAUAUUUGCUCUGCUUAAAUUCCUACUUCUGAUACUUUUUCAGCUUUUUUAUUUUAAUGUCUAAAUUGUAGCAUCGCUUAUUAUUAGAAAGAUUGCUAGAAUCCAUGUAUACCUGGUUCAGAACUAUAAUAUUAUUACUCGCUGUAAUAAUUAUGUAUGGUAUAUUGUGGUAAUGGAAUUAUAGCAAUCGAUAAAAAAACGUGUCCUUCAUCAAAUAUUUGUAUAAAUGGAACAUAAUGGAGUGAUUUAGAAAAAAAAUGCAAAAAAUAAUUAAUUACUUGUUCUACCUCUUCACCAGAUAAUUAUCUGCUGCAAUGCUCAAAUUGUAGUUUGGUAACAAAUAUCAAUUAUUGCCAAAAUAGUUGUUUAAGCUAAUAUUAUUAUGAUUAUAAAUAAUAAAAAUGCAUGUUCUAUUGUUUUUAAGGAGUAAUUGCAUAAGACUAAGCAAGUUGUUAAUCUUCUAAUUUUUGUAUUGAUGGUUUUAUAAAUGUAGGUUAAGGUAAGUGUAAUCCUAUUAGUAAAGAUGAAAAUAAUAACUAAGAUGGUUAAAUUAAUUCAAAUAAUAAUUAAAAUACUUCAAAAUAUGAAUAAAAUUCAUUGACUGUAAAUAUUAUGAUAUCAUUAUUUGCAGCUUUGAUAAUUCUUAUUUUAGCAGCUUCUUUUGCUGUGUUAAAAAAAUUGAAAGUAUUUUUAAAUAAAAAUGAUUAAAUGCAACAAAUAAUAAAUAAUUAUGAAUCAACACUAAAAAAAUAUAUUGAUGAUAAAAUUAGUAAUUAAUAGUUAGAAAUAGAUUCGUUAAAAAUUAUAAGAAUUACAAAUAAUUAAUUGAAAAACAAUUAAAUUGAAAUCGAAAUAAAUUAAAAUGGAGAAGAUUAACUUUUACAAGAUUAAAAUGAUAGUUAGAGAACAAUAAAAUAAUUUGCAAAUAAUGAAAUUUUGCAGUAAUAAUAUUCUCAAUAGAACUAUUAGGAAAAUCCUCUCCUAUAAUAAUAAGUAAGUUAAUAGAAAGACAUAAAUUAAUUAUGA